AUGCUUCCGAAGGUCCUUCUCAUUACGGUCUUGGCUUUGGCCUAUGUGACAGCGUCUCCCGAAUUUGACUUGAAUUCGGAUGAGGAUGGUGAGAUUGAGUCUUUUCAUUAUUUCCUACUCCUAAUCUUUCAGACAUCUUCGACCUGGUUGAAGCAGAUGAAAGCUUGAUUCCUUAUGGAUUGGGUGAGAGACAACUAUCGUAAUGCUGUUUAUGAGGAUACCAUUUUCAGCUGUCAUGUCGCCUCAACUUCGUAGAUUCCUGCGCUGUGUAAGAGGAUGCCGCCGACGCAGAGCCGGUCCGCGUUGCUCCAAGAGAUGCGUCAAGACUCAUCCCUUCCCUGUAGGAAUACCAAUGAGAUCAGAAGUUCUGAAGAAGUUUUUUAGGCUUCUGGAGGCGGCGGCAGCAGUGGCGGCGGAGGCGGCGGCGGCGGAGGUGGCGGUGGAGCCGCAACUCCAGCUCCGGCCGCGACGACGACUGCAGCUGGAGGAGCUGCGACUACGGCUGCCGGAACUGCGGGAGGAGAAACGACUACCGCCGCCGCAACCACUACUGGUUCGUUGAGAUUGAGGCUCCUUUCAAAUCAGUUUUUUCACUUUCAGCUGCUGCUUGAGCUUCUGCUCAAGUUCCUCUACUUCACUCGUGUGGAAGGCGGCUUAUUAUUUAUUUCUCGUUUCCAAUCUAUGCAAUCUUGCUCGUUCCGAUGA